AUGCACAAAUUGGUGAUCUAUACGACUCGAGGGACAGUUUUGGACACUAGAGAUUGUCAGCCAGCGGCAACACUCAAAGAACUCAUCGGAAAUGCUCUAGGAUUGGUCAAAAUUCGGCUCGAAGAUGUCUGCUGUCUCAAACGCCAAGGAGAAGAUGGGAAAUGGCUCAAAAUCUCGUGGAAAGAGGAAAUACCCAAACGAGACUGUGUUUAUCAAGUCACACGGGAUCCACUGAAGGUACAUAUUCCCUUUUUAUUGUUUUAUGAGUUUAGACACGACUGAAACAUCGAGUUCGAGUAGUGGAUUAUGAUGGAGAAGAAAUCGGAUUGAUCCCGACGAAAUCUGGCAUUGUGGUGCAGAAAAUUGUUAAUGAAGUCGUCAUGUCCCUCGGAGUUGAAAUGAAGAACGUUUUCAUUGUGGAAGUCCUUAGGGAAAACCGACUUCUCGGUGUGAAAUUGACGGGAAGGAUAAAAAGGGAGGAAAGAUUAGUAAUCACCUUGGAUUUGUUGGAAAGAGUAAGAAUUUUAUGUUACCAAUAGGUUGUAUAUGCUAAUUAAUCGACUACUAUCCGUUUUAAACUGAGUUGGAGUUGUCUUUGUAUAAAAUUUAUCUACUACAAUAUAAUUUUUCUACAGGACGCGGUCGAAAUCGAUGCCGGUGAGCCAAUCCUGCCUAAAUGUCUUACAAUUCUCAAACUGGACGAGAUGUUGUCGCAGUAUCAACAUGUGAGUCACUUUUUUUUGUUUUUCUGAUGUUUAGAUCCGUGACGAUUGACGUUCGUAUUCUACCCACCUUUAUUUAGAGACUUGGAAGACAUGGUAUUAAGUCGGUAACGAAUGCGUUGGACCCAAAAGAAGUCCUUUCUCGCCUAAAGGCAGGAGAAGCGAUGACCGAUUCUGAGAAGCUUUUAAUUUCCAAAUGCGUAGCACCACCGUUACAAGAACAUUGCUUCAAAAGAGAUUCCCCAUGGCGAAGGGAAAUUCGGCUCUAUUUGGCCAAUCUCUUCGCUCCGUAUCCGCAGCUUCAUAUUGUAAGUGUAAAAUAAAAUAUUUUUUGGUUUUGGAUCACAGAGAAUAUUUAAAGUCUGUAGAAACAAAUUGAAAUGGUAAAAAGUUUCGUAUUUUACACUUUUAGCCCGAUUUUGUCUCGGAACACGAUACCAAAGUGGAGAUUAAUGUGCUGGAGAAGGUGAUGAUUGCCAAUUUGGUUAAAAAAAAGGAAGCUAGACGGGCUAGAGUCAUGAAACUUCUCAAGAGAAACAACAAAGGCCUUUCUUGA